GAUGGACGCCCCAGAUGCACCGAGCCUACUGAUAAAGCCACCACGAAGUCCCCACGCCCACGGUCUCCAGCCCUAGCGCCUCCGCUCCUCUCCCCCGCCGCCACCCCCUCCCCGCAUCGUCUCCCACGCCAAGACCGCCGCCGCCGCCCGUCAAGAUGGUGCUGCAGAACGACAUCGACCUCCUCAACCCGCCGGCGGAGCUCGAGAAGCUCAAGCACAAGAAGAAGCGCCUCGUGCAGUCCCCCAACUCCUUCUUCAUGGAUGUCAAGUGCCAGGGCUGCUUCAACAUAACGACUGUGUUCAGCCACUCUCAGACCGUGGUGGUGUGCCCUGGCUGCCAGACGGUGCUUUGCCAACCCACCGGAGGAAAGGCGAGGCUCACCGAGGGAUGCUCCUUCCGCCGGAAGGGCGACUAAGCUACACUCCUGUUUAUGUGAAAAUGAAGCCCAGCCGAACCUUACUUUUCAAGUAACUAGUUAUCCCCGAUGUGUACUGGUCAAAUUUUGUUAAUUAUGCUUGCCCAUUUGCCAGCCUGAACGUUGUAGCAACGUGUUCUAUGUCAUGCACUUUUGAUUUGCC